AUGGAGACCUACCACGGACAUGUCCGCACGCCUAACGAUGCCAUCAUCUUGUUUGAGGCCUGCCGCAUCGGCAUACUACCGCGAGUGCAGCGCCGCCUAUCCGAAAAGGAACGCCAGCAGAUCAAGUCUGGCUCAGUAUUUGUAUGGGACGAGCGCGAGGCUGGCAUGAGGCGGUGGACCGACGGAAAGUCAUGGAGUGCGAGUCGCGUGUCUGGCAGCUUCCUCACAUACCGGGAGAUGGAAGGCAAACGGGGGGGCAGCGCAGUACCCACAGCCCCCGUAGCUAAAAGAGCAAGUGGAAAGUCGCCAGACGGUUCCGGCUCCGGCGACUCAGAGGGCGAGGGACCCGACGGCUACCGGUACAAGCCUGAUGGUCUUAUGAAGCAGUCCUUCAGCAUAACCACCCAGAGCGGACAGCACCUCCACCUCAUCAGCUACUAUUCGCGAUCAAACUCCAACAACCUCCCACAGCCCACAAACGACGCGCAACUGCGACACAUCCGCCCACCAAAGAACAUGUACCCGGAAUCGGCAGUGAACGAAACCCAGACUGUACCUGCUGUCACUCGUGGUCCUAUGCCUGGCUCACCAUACAGCGCACCUGGACAUAGCAUGGCGCCUUCAUCGCCGUACACUCGCGGUGGUCCCGUCGCACCCAUGUAUGCGGUCCCAGUCUACCCUCCCACGCCGCCAAAUGGUACACCUCCGCUAUACUAUUCCCAGCAUCCUUACUUCUACCCGGGCGUUAUCUACGCGCAGCCCCAAUACCAUCCGCAACACGUCUUCGAUCGCCCACCCCCACCAAUCGCACACCCUCACGCUCCUCAAGGUCACCAUCCUAUGCUAAUGCAGCACCCCGCCUACGCCGCGCAUGCCGCACACGCUGCUCAACAAUACAUGGCGACACCACCCGUCCGCCAUCCCUCCACAGCUGAGCAGGCUCAACACCCACACCUUCAGCGCUCCAGUGCGCCUGCACCUCCUCCAGCGCCCGCACCAGCAAUUCCCGAGCAAGGCCCCCAGCUUCCUGCCAUUAACGGUGCUGCUGCUGCUGCUGCCGCCGCCGCAGGUGCGAACAAGCCACCGACUCCAGAGCCCUCAGACAAGUCAGAAUCACGAGCACCCGAGUCAAAUAGCGCAGCCCCAGCAGCACCAAGACCACUUCCUACAUUGGGAUCGCUCCUCAACGGCGAAAAUCAGGACAAGGAUAACCAAAACAACAGCCGUUCAGGCAGUCGCAGCCCUAACACUGCAACGAGGUUUCCCCGAGACUUGGCGCCGGAACGACUUGCUAAGAACAGCACUGCUGCAGAUAGCAGCGCGCUGAACAAGCUCAACAGCGUGUUCGUACGAUCAUAG